AGUCUCGCGUGAGUCUGCGCGGCCGCGCGGGAUGUGACCCGGCUCGCGCGUCCCUAGCAACGGCGGCGCGGCGUCACGUGAGCACAAGCGGGGUGUCAAUGGGCGGCAUGGCGUGACUGGGGCAAGGCCAAUGUUCAGCAAGGAGGGCUUCAGGGCCGCAGCGUUGCUGGCAGGGGCUGGGGUGGCCUCGGGGGCCUUGGGGAUCUACUACUUAUGGAGACACCACAAGGGUCCCCUUCUCUUGGGUGCCCUGGAGCAGCAGGAGUUGGUGUGGGCCACAGCCAAGUCAGAAGAGCUGUUCCUGCUUGAGGACCAAGAAGCCCCCAGUGGGGUCUCAGAGGAACAGGCUGAAAUCCGGUGGCAUCUCGACUCCAUACAAACCUGCUUGAAUGGCCUGAAGGAUGAGGUGUCCUCCCUGAGAGGCUGCAUCCAGGGCAUUGUAGAGAAGCAGGUUAGCCUGAAGAAAUACAAGACUGCCAGGAGGAAGAAGAGGAGAUAUGAAUCCAAGAGAGACAGCGAUGAUUCCGCAGAAUCUGUCUCCAUCUACUUCACAGCAAAUGCUGGGAAACCCUCAGACAGUGAGAGUGAAGCAGGACAAAUAGAAAUCCCUGCAGGUAUGGACUGUUCCAUGCUGGCAUUCGCAGCAGCAUCGUUCACAGAUGACAGGGCUGGCCCAGAGGUGGAUUCGUCACUUCUUCAAUUUCAACAGGAGAUUGGUUUUACCACACCAAGUAAUGAAACAGAAAUAGAGAAGGACGAAGAAGAGGUCAGCGAUUUGGUGCAGGUUCUGAAUUUCUCCCCUCCCACGGAGCCAGAGGCUGACUCCUCUAUACAGUCUUUGAAAUCACCCAUAGAUGAAGAAAGUGAAAUGAAUUCACUCCUGCAACAAGUAGACACACUGCACGAUGGGACGAAAGAGGAGCAAGAACAAGGAUUCAAAGUCCUUUUGGACAAUAAAAAUAAGUAUGGCAAGAGAAAGGAGUUCUGCUGGCGAAUGAUUCGUGCCUAUAGUGACAUGUUCCAGCUGACAGAAGAUAAAGAAACACAGAAAUGCUAUGCUUUGGCCGGAAGAGAUGAAGGAAAUGACAGUUUGAAGGACCAUGCGGACAGCAUAGAAUGCCAGAUUUGGCUUGCGAUUGUGAGUGGGUAUCUGGAUGAACACGAAGCAGAGGAUAGGUCUGAAGGAAAUGAUGAACUCAAGGAGAUGGAAGAUGAGGCUGGUGUGCUCAUUGAACUCACUAACAGUUUGGACACCAUAAAAAUUCCUGAUGUUGUCCCUCUUGAUGAUGCACCUGAAACGGCAGAGGUCACAGACAAAGUUGAAGAACAGGGCGUGCAGUCGCGGCAUGCAAGUAACAUUUUAGUCGAAGUGAUUAACAGUUGUGACACUGCACUCUUACAGCGUGCUGCCAGUUCUAUUGCUGAUUCAACCGAGAUAGUGGAUAUUCAGGACAGAAACAUACAACAGGACAUGAAGGCGCUAGAUGAAGCUAAUCUGAUGGUUGAAUUCAUCGAUGGUUAUCACAUCACGUACAGGAGUGAGUGCAGCCUUCUAGCCCCCGAUGUUGCGAAGUCAGUAGCAGCCACGGACAGCGAUAAUGACCAGGAUGAACCUGAUGAGGUCAAAGAUGCAAAAUAUUGAACAGACAGUGUCUGAAGAGCCAGCAAACCAUGGCAUGACUGCUUAAGAUGGCAGGAAUGGCCAGCACAACAAAUCUUCCUACAGCCAGGGUUAACGAUUUGAUUUAAAAUAAAACCAAAUGGUACUUGAGCAUUUUAUAAAUAAUGAGAUUUCUUAAAACACCAGUCAAUUCUCUCUUCCACUGCCUCUGUACAUCAUGCUUCUUUAACGUUUGUAAUAGGGUACUUGUGGCUACAAUUGUCUCACAAUAAAUAUGCUUUGGGUUUAAACAUGCAAGCACAGAGGAAUAAGAAAUAUUCAAUGUUGUUUUUCACGCUUGGGCUAGGAGCAGGUAAUGGAAUAAAAAUAAUUUAGCCCUGGAUUUCUUUAACUACUGGUUUUAGGUUGAAAAUACUCAAAAUUAUUAAACUAGUUAUGCCAAAUUAAA